AUGGUCCGCAUCUCUGCCCUCUCGGCCGCGGGUCUCGCCCUCGCCGGCUACGUCUGCGCCCACCCCGGCGAGCACCACAGCCACGACCACAUGAAGCGCAACAUCCAGCUCCGCGACAACGUGGCCGCCAUCGGCCAGCGCUCCCUCAACUCGUGCUCCAACUCGGCCGGCGCCCAGGCCAUGAAGAAGCGUGCCGUCGAGCGCCGCGCCCAGAAGGUCAAGGAGAUCCGCGCCAAGAAGGGACUCAAGGCCCCUGCUCGAAAGUACCGCCGUGAUUCCGACGACCUCACCGCGUGGGAGGCCGUCAACCACAACAUGACGGGCUCCAGCAACGCCGGCAUCUUCACGCCGCUCGAGGACGUCUUCAGCGCCAACACGUCGUGCGUGCUGGCGCCCGAGAUCACCGACGGGCCUUACUACAUUGUCGGCGAGUACCUGCGGUCUAACGUCAUCGAGUCCGAGUGGUGCGAGGGCGUGCCCGUCUUCCUCGAGGUGCAGUACGUCGACGUGGCGACGUGCGACCCGAUCCCGGCCGUCGCCGUCGACAUCUGGAACUGCAACGCCACGGGCAUCUAUUCGGGCAUCUCGACCAACGGCAACUACGCCGCCGACGGCCUCAACAGCACGUACCUCCGCGGCGUCCAGCUCACCGACCACGACGGCGUCGCCCAGUUCGAGACCAUCUUCCCGGGCCACUACGAGGGCCGCGCGACGCACACCCACCUGCUCUCGCACGCCAACGCCACCGUGAUGCCCAACGGCACCAUCUCGGUCUGGGACGCGCCCGUCAGCCACAUCGGCCAGCUGUUCUGGCCCGAGUCCAUCCGCUCCGCCGUCGAGGAGCUCUACCCGUACAACACCAACGAGCAGGCCGUCACCAGCAACGCCGAGGACAUGUGGUCCAUCCUCCAGGCUGACGCCUCCUACGACCCCUUCCCCCAGUUCGUCUACCUCAGCGACGACCUGCAGGACGGCCUCUUCGCCUGGAUCCAGAUCGGCGUCAACGCCUCGGCCGACUACACCGACGACGACUACUACAGCAUCGCCGGCUACCUCGACGAGGAGGGCGGCCACUCCACCGGCGCUACUGUCGGCGGUGGCGGUGGCGGUGGCGCUCCCGGCGGCGGCAACGGCACCAUGACCGGAUCUCCCCCGUCCGGCACCGGCGCUCCCCCUUCUUAA